UUCUUCAAAAUAGAAGUUACAUAUAUUAAAAGUAAUAAAAAUUAUGACUCAUGGGAGCCAGUGCCUUCAAAAUUGACCGGGGUACAUGCAGCCCAGGAAAGAGAUCCAUAGUCAGAGAGCCCCUAAUCCUCCGAGCCCCCUGUCAGCCCCAGAGACCCAGCACCUUCCCAACCCUAAAAUCCAAGAGGAGAUAAAAGAAACUACAAGAUCACAGAGCCCUCCAAGUUCACCAUCCUCCCUCCCUCUCCAUAAAUUUUCCCUUCCAAUUCCCCUUGGUGCAGGAUAAAACCACCGUGGGAACCCCUCACCUCCCCUCUCUUAUUUCCCUCCAUCCCCGAGAAGCACCCCAACCGCCGCUCCUCUCCAAACCCAACUGUACCAAAAAAACAAGAACGCACGUAGAGAGACACAAAUUUUGGAAGCAUAAGAAGAAGAGAUCGAGAGAGAGAUUUAUUAGAAUUAGAAGAAGAAGAGAAGGCAAAGAAAGAGAGAAGAAAAGAAGAAUUAGAGAGAGACUGGACUCUCCAUUCUCUCCGCCGCCGCAAGGUCUCUCUUCUCUCUAUAAUACCAUCCCAUCCCUUCUCAAUUCCAAACUCUCGGUCUCUUCUAUUGAAGCGCGAUUGGGGAACGCCCCGCGAGGGUUAGGGUUUCCAACUUCAGCGAAACCUCUCGCAGAGGAGAGGAGGGUUUGCUUUCGAGACUCUUCUCUGCCCCCCCCCCCACUUCGCUCUUGGCCUUUCCUUCGACUCGCCCAUCGCUCCCUCUCUAGGGUUUCUCCAAACGGCGCUGGGUUUUUUCUCGACUCUCGAUCGGUGGUUGCUUUGAUCCUAGGGUUUCAUUAUGGCUCCAAUCCUCCCCGAAAGAUGACCCUUUGAAUGGGAUUAGGGUUCUUAUUCUCUCUUCCCAUUCUCCUUCUCUCUUCCCAUCUUCUUUAGUUCGUUUUCUGAACGAUUUUUUCUUUUCUUUUAUUCUCUCUCUCUCUUUUUGUGGAGACGAGGGUCUUUUGAGGGCGUUCGUAGUUUCUUUUCCCCACGAAUUAGGGUUCAUUUUUGAUUGAUUGGAUUUCUUGGUUUGAAACUCGAUUGUCUGAUUCGUUCGGGUCCCAGUUGGAGAUGACCGCUUGUCUUCUGCUGCAUUCUUGAAGCUGUCUGGGGGAUCUGGAUUUUGGGCGCUGAGAGAAAUUUCUUGCCUUUUUAUGUGUGUGUGGGUGGGUGGGGAAGAAGAAUACAACGGCGGGGGUGGCUUUGGUGUCCAGACUGGAUGCCGGAUCCUGGCCUCCAUUAGCCCAGCAGGGGCUCGUCCUUCCUCCAAGAUUUAGGGUUUUGAGCGGCUUCUGGUGUUGUACAUGCACAGUGAUUAGAAUUUAGUUUGGACGUUGGAUUAUAGAAGGAGGGUAGAUUGACAGUGUGCAGAUAUAGCAAAUUUUUAUUGUCAGAUGAUGGUCUGUAUUUGUUAUGGAGCGAGGUGAGCCGACAUUCGUUCCCGAGUGGUAUAAAAGUUCGACAAGCAGUGCAAGUGGCAGUAGCAGUUCAAACCACCAUUCUGGAUCUUCAUCGCAUUUAGAUGAACAUGGGGUUGGACAUGCCUCAAGAAAUAGAUUGUUGUUGAGCGUGAGUGAGCAUGAGGCUCCUCGAUCUUCCGUAUUUCUGGAUAGAAGCUCAUUGUCUUUUCGCAGGAGCGCAAGCAGUAAUGGGUCCAUGAGCCAUGAUAAGGAUAGCUCUUUGCACUUACGGACGUAUGGUAGUUUUGGUAGGUGCCAUCGUGAUAGGGAUCGGGAGAAGGAUAUCGACCUUCACGACAAAGAUAGGUCUCAUUUGGUGGACAAUGGGUUCUGUGAUUAUUCUGAUUCAUUCAUGGGAAGUAGGUCUGGGAAAGACACUCUGAGGCGCUCCCACUCUAUGGUAUCAGGCAAACAAGUUGAGUCUUUGCCUAAAAGACCAGGGAGUGAUUUGAAAAAUGGUAUACUAUCUGGGGUGAGUAUUAUCAGUGGCAUCAGUAAAACCUCCUUUGAGAGAGACUUUCCAUCUCUUGGAGCUGAAGAAAAGCCAGGGCCUCCAGAAAUAGGCAGGGUGUCUUCUCCUGGUCUUAGCUCUCCCAUUCAAAACCUUCCCAAAAGUAUUGGUGGUAAUGGUUGGACCUCAGCUCUGGUGGACAUUCCCAUGAAAGUUGGAGGCAAUGGACCAGUGCCUUCUUUCACUUCACAGACUUCUGUAAGUCCAGGAUCUACUGCUUCGAGCAGUAGUACAGGGUUAAACAUGGCCGAGACACUGGCUCAGGCACCGUCACGAGUUCGGUCUCCACCUCAGUUGUCCAUUGAUACCCAGAGGAUUGAAGAACGGACUCGUAUACAAUACAGCAAGCUGAUACCUGUGACUCCUUCAAUGACUAAAAGCUCGGCUCUCAACUCUUCAGAGAAGUCAAAAGCCAAAGGAUUGAGAAGUGGAGAUCUCAGUGGACCUUCCAAGGUUGGGCAGCAGUCAUCACAAUUUGUCAAUCUCACCCUCCGUGCACCUGCUAGAACAGAUACCCCCAAGGUAUCUCAGGUAGGGAAUUUCCAAGUCCUCAACCGUGAGAGAAAUGGCAUCUCUCCUACUGCCAAAGACGGCCUGAGUCUAAUGAAUCCCAUCAGAGUUGCAACCCCACUCAGCGGUGUUCAGACAACUUCAAUUCCUUCACCAAAGAGCCCUGUUAAACCGAAGCUCAAAGCAGACAGCAAGGCUGGUUCUCCAUCUUCUCCUCACAGUUCCUUUGGGGAAAAAAGGCCUACUUCUCAGGCUCAGAAUCGUAAUGAUUUCUUCAAUUUCAUUCGGAAGAAAACACCUGCGAACCAUUCUGUUGAUCUUACUGAGCCCAGCUGCGUUGCAUCAUCCUGCUCGUCCAAGUUGGGUGAGCAGAUCUCGGGCACUUUCACUUCUGUUAAUCAAGAAAAAGGCAGUUCUGCAUCUUGUUUUGAUUUGGAGCACCCGGUGGAGAAUGGGAAUGGUGUGACCGAAGAUGGUGGUGUUGCCUGUGAAGUGCCUAGGAGGUCCCAUCCUGACAAUGAUGAGAGAAGUUCAUCUUCAGUCCCUAUUGUCCCAGAUUCUGGUCCUGGCAGUGUAGGAGAGAGUUCUUCAGGCCCUGUUCUUGCCCCAGUACGUGCGCCUGACAAUCUUGAUGAAUGUCCAUCUUCGGACCCUCUUGUUGUACCAAGCGAAGAAGAAUUAGACUUGUUGCGACGACUUGGAUGGGACGAAAAUGCGGAGGGAGAUGCUCUAACACCUGAGGAGAUUAAUGAUUUCCUCUGUCAGUAUGAAGCUCGGAGGACAUCUUUAAGGACAGGCCAGCGUGAGAUACGGCCAUUGAGGAUGGUGCUUCCGGAUACAGGUCAGAGUGGUGUAGCUGGCCAUCGCUUCAAUUGAACUCAUCUGAGAGGCGGAAGCGUGAUUUUGCUGAACAACCACCGCUUCCAUAUUUGAGAAGGCUCUAGUUUUUGCGGUCAAGGGAUUUUUUGAUUGACAUCAGGAGGAUUUGGAAUGCUGAGAAAACUGUGUUCAUGGAAAUCUGCGAGGCUGAAAGGAGAGAGUUGUUUUUCCCCCUCUUGCUUCCAAAAAGGAAUGUGAAAUGCGAAAUAAGAUGCAUUGCUUCAAUCCUCAAACUCAUGUCGUGCUGUCCUGCCAUAUUCUUGAGUGCUUUCUCACAGAAGCGUUUUCCCUUUUGAUUUUGUUGGAUCAGUUGGGGGUUAAACGGGAAGGUAGAUAGGGUUACCAGGGUACAAGAAAAUUGAGUCUGAAAGUUCAGAGCUUUUUUUUUGACCUUUUUGUCUUUUGUUUUAUUCUCCAUCCUUUUUGCACAUAUUCAAAGGAAGAUUGUGGAGCUUUUAGUUAUUAGCAAGGAAAAGCGAUCAUUUUUAUUA